AUGUUCCAGGACAUCCGCACUGUCUACGAGUCCCUCUCCUCCAUGCCCUUGUCCAGCGUCACCGACUGCUACGACAGCAACGGAGACCUCAACGCAGGCGUCGCCUCCUCCACAUGGCCGGUCGGCGUGAUCAAGAACUGCGGCAGCGCCGUCGCCAACACGACCUGGUCCAAGACGCUGUCUGACGGAUCUCCCGUGAACGACAUGAAGUCAGCCGCCUCCUACUCGGGCAGCACCAACCCCGACGGCAUCUUCAAGUACGGCGUCGACAUGGACUUCUACGGAUGCGUGUACCACGAUCCCAACUGGAAGACGUCGGGAGUCUCCGACGAGCGAGCGAUGCUCGUUGCACGACGGUUCCUACUCCUUGAGGUGGAAGAGGACUGUGUAGACUGCGUUCCGGGGAUAGGAUAG